AUGGGUUCCCAGGAGAAUUCUUCUUGCCCCAAGGCUCUUGGAACCUGGGACCUGGAGACUCUGGACAGUUCUAGCCCGGACUCUGCCAGCCACCUGGAAGAGCAGUGGCCGAAACCCUCCCCGAGCCUAAAUGACGAGGAUAGCAUGGAUGUUGUACUGGAAGACUCUGGGGAGAUACGGUCCUUAGCCUCACCUCCACCAGGCAGAGAGAUCAUCAGGUAUGAAGUCACUGUGAACCGACGGAACAUCGAAGACAUCUGCCUCUGUUGUGGAAGUCUCCAGGUGCAUACGCAGCACCCCUUAUUUGAGGGGGGCAUAUGUGCCUCGUGUAAGGACACGUUCCUGGAGACCAUCUUCCUUUAUGAUGAGGAUGGGCAUCAGAGCUACUGCUCCAUCUGCUGCUCAGGGCACACCUUGUUCAUCUGUGAGAGCCCCGACUGUACCAGAUGUUACUGUUUUGAGUGUGUGGAUAUCCUGGUGGGCCCCGGGACUUCAGAGCGAAUCAACGCCAUGGCGUGCUGGGUUUGCUUCCUGUGCCUGCCUUUCACUCGGAGCGGGCUGCUGCAGAGGCGAAAGAGGUGGCGUCACCAGCUGAAGGCCUUCCAUGAUCUAGAGGGGGCAAGCCCUCUGGAGAUGUAUAAGCCAGUGUCUGCUUGGAAGAGACAGCCAGUGCAGGUACUGAGCCUCUUUGGGAAUAUUGAGAAAGAGCUAGAGAGUUUGGGCUUUCUGGAAAGAGGUUCUGGUUCUGAAGGAGGAAGGCUGAAGUACUUGGAAGAUGUCACGAAUGUUGUGAGGAGAGAUGUGGAGAGAUGGGGCCCCUUUGACCUUGUAUAUGGCUCAACACAGCCUCUAGGUCGCUCUUGUGACCGCUGCCCUGGCUGGUACAUGUUCCAGUUCCACCGGAUCCUGCAGUAUGCUCGCCCACACCCAGGGAGUCAGCGGCCUUUCUUCUGGCUGUUUGUGGACAGUCUGCUGCUGACUGAGGAUGACCAAGUCACCACAACCCGCUUCCUCCAGAUGGAGCCUGUGACCCUCCAGAAUAUUCGCGGCAGAGUCCUCCAGAAUGCUGUGCGGGUGUGGAGCAACAUCCCAGGGUUGAAGAGCAAACACUUGGCCCUGACACCAAAGGAGCAACAGUCCUUGGAAGGCCAAGUCAGAACCAGAGCCAAGAUGGCCUCCCAGAAAGACGACCCCCUGGUGAAGAACUGCCUUCUCCCCCUGAGAGAGUAUUUCAAGUAUUUUUCUCAGAACCCACUUCCUCUUUACAAAUGAAUCAUGAUACAAUGAAAGAAGAGGUUUUCCUAGAACCACAGCAGCCUUCCUCCUAUGGCCUUUUCUCUUGGCAGGUUGUUUUUUUCUGCUUGCUUGCCUGUUUCUCCUGUUCGGUUCCCACGAUGCCUCCCACGCAGCCCACUGUGGGGAUGGGAGGCGCCCACUUCUGUGGACAAGAUCCUGGUGGGAUAGCCCACCAUGUAUCUCCAAAAAAGUGUGUGUGUGUGUACCUGUUGUGAAGUUUUUUCAAAUAUAGGCUUGUUCCCGGUGGAGUUUUGGUGUGGUGUGUGAGAGUGAGGCCUUUAUUCUGUCACAGAAUAAAUGUCACAGUGGUAAAACAAUGCAUGCCUGAUAUCCUGCCGUGGUCAUAUAGCACCUUCAUCACCUGCCAUUUGC